GGCCUCUCCGGCGGUCGGUCGGUGGUGGGAGAUGGCGGAGUAUCUGGCCUCCAUCUUCGGCACAGAGAAGGACAAAGUCAACUGUUCAUUUUAUUUCAAAAUUGGAGCUUGCCGUCACGGGGACAGAUGUUCUCGAUUGCACAAUAAACCAACAUUUAGCCAGACCAUCUUGAUUCAAAACAUCUAUCGUAAUCCCCAAAACAGUGCACAGACGGCUGACGGCUCACACUGUGCUGUGAGCGAUGUUGAAAUGCAGGAACAUUAUGAUGAAUUCUUUGAGGAGGUCUUCACGGAAAUGGAAGAAAAAUAUGGUGAAGUUGAGGAGAUGAACGUUUGUGAUAACCUUGGAGAUCAUCUAGUUGGAAAUGUAUAUGUAAAGUUUCGUCGUGAAGAAGAUGCAGAAAAGGCUGUGAUUGAUCUGAACAAUCGCUGGUUUAAUGGUCAGCCAAUUCAUGCUGAACUUUCACCUGUGACUGACUUCAGAGAAGCUUGUUGCCGUCAAUAUGAAAUGGGAGAGUGUACGCGAGGAGGUUUCUGUAACUUUAUGCAUUUGAAGCCCAUUUCCCGAGAAUUGCGACGUGAAUUAUAUGGACGUCGUCGUAAGAAGCAUAGAUCUAGGUCAAGGUCCCGUGAACGUCGUUCUAGAUCCAGAGAUCGUGGUCGUGGAGGUGGUGGAGGAGGAGGCGGCGGUGGCGGCGGCGGCGGCGGCGGAGGAGGAGGAGGACGAGAACGUGAUAGGAGGCGGUCAAGAGAUCGUGAAAGAUCUGGUCGAUUCUGAGCCAUGCCAUUUUUACUAUUGUGUCUGGUAGAAAGUGUUGUAGUCAAUUGACCAAACAAGUUCCUAAUGAGAUUUUUUUUUUAAAAAGAUGGGCUUCUGAAUAAAAAUUUGUAGUGAUACAGUAUUCUUUGUGUAACUUGUUUCUUGUGGGGGAAGUCUUUUUUAACUGUCAUUCCUCUUUCUUGACAAAUAGCAGGAUUAACUAUGCUUGCGGUAAAGGUGGCAAAUGUAUUGGAGGUGUGCAAGUUUUUACAUUCAGGUAUGAAUUAACUGUUAAGGAAAAUGUGCAUGCCUGUGUAUAUAAUAUAAAAUAGUAUAUUAUAUACAUGGAUAAAGUGCUAUAUUGCUUAAGAGACAGUUACAAUUUAAGUUUCCCUUUUCUGCUAUGCUGUCUGCUUAUUUAGGUUAGUUUAGGCACAUUUAAAGGAAGGCUGUGCAAAGUGCAUUUAUUUACUCAGUAGAAAUGCUAAGUUGCAAAAAUAUGUAUGUUAAUAGAAGUCUGUGCACUGUCUAUCACUGUGACUGUGGCAUUUACAAUAAAUCCAAUUCAUUGGUGUAAAA